AUGAUUACUACCCAGUUCCGUGAGAAAGUAUAUCAAAUGCCACAAUGCUCCUACACGCUCAGAAAGGGCAGUCCGGACGGAGAAAUCGUUCGUUACGCUACACUUGGAGAGAGCGUUUUUCAUAGGUGGGAGUGCAUUGAAGUCGAGAAAAAGGACACAUUUGGAAUGUUGGUCCACUCAUGCUAUGUGGACAAUGGUUUCGGCGAUAGAGUCGAUAUACUUGGAGAAAAAGGAUGUGGUCUUGACGCUGUCCUGCUGUCGACUCCUGAAUAUGACAGUUCCCUCCGUUUAGCUACUAAGGCUUACCAUGUCUUCAAAUACGCUGACCGUCCAGUUCUUCAAUUCCAGUGUCAGAUAACGCUCUGCCUCAAAUAUGACGGUGGUUGCGACGGCAUAACGCCGCCUAAAGACUGUCCUUCACUACCAGGCGAAGAUGGUCACCAUCAUCAUCUCCACGGACGUCGAAGAAAG